AUGGCUACGAAGAUUGUGGGACGAGAAAAAAAGCAUGCGUUUGCUUGGAGGCUCGCCGAAGUCCUAAUAAACCAAGAAAAAUCAUGGAAUCCAGACGUAAGACAAGAAUACGGCCCGGAAGCGGCAUCAACUUCCAUCCCCUCCCAAAAUACCGGAGGAAAAACUUCUGCAGAUCAAAGUAGUGACGCAUCGACUACUGACAGUGAACAAGGUGAUCAAAAAAUUGUUUUCCAAUGCAAAGAAAUAGAAGUAGUCCUAAGGCGACCAGAACAAACCUCAGCGACAAAGCCAUUGUUAACUAGAAAGGAGAAGCCACUUUUUAUUGCAGCUAGACAAGGAAUAGAAGAGAUUGUGAGUGUGAUACCAGAACAACAUCCUCAAGCUAUUGACCAAUUGGAUGGCAAAGAGCGGAGCAUUUUGGAUGUGGCCGUCAUGCAUCGCAAGAGCGAGAUCUUCAGUUUUGUAAACCGAAAGAAAGUACCAUUGGCUAGACUGCGUCGGAAUAUUGAUAAAGAAGGCAACACAUUGUUACACCAUGUUGCAGAUAUGAAGCACUACAGUGGAGGAACCAGGCCUGGGCCUGCACUUCAACUUCAGGAAGAGAUGCAAUGGUUGGAGCGAGUGAAGAAGGUAAUUCCAUCCCAUUAUGUCGUUCUUGAGAACAACAAAGGCGAGAGAGCAGCAGAGCUCUUCAAAAGAGCCACGAGACGCAACUGGAGAAGGCACAAAAAUGGAUCAAGGAUACCAGUCAAUCUUGUUCAAGUGCAGCUGCAUUUGUAG